AUGCAUCGCGCCGCGGCGAGAGGGAGGGAUAAGGCCGUAAAGCUUCUCGUGUCCAAGAAGGUCAAGGUCGACGGCAGGGAUAAGUGCGGCUACACCCCGCUGCACCUGGCCGCGAUGCACGACGAGGCAGACGCGAUGCGGGCGCUGCUGGAGGCUGGGGCGGACGCGGAGAUUAAGGACGCGCUCGGAUACGCGGCGGCGCACUUUUGCAGCGAUCGACUGUGGGCGAAGCUCAUGGACGAGCGAGAUCGAGGCCGAACGAACACCGGCAGGAAAUAA